UGACGGAGAUUGCCGAGCUUGACCCAAGCGGAAAAGUGUCGAAUCUGGUGCGUCUAGUCCCUCCCGGCUUCCCGUUCUACAGGCCCGGCUGACAGAAUUAACCAAGGCCGCCAUAUUGAGUUUGCGGCCCCGGCGUCUGAGAGGGUCGGUGUGGACCUUCCCGUUCAGCAGAGUAGCCUUUGCGGCUCCGGGGAGAAGGUGACUCUUUCUCCUCUUGUCCUUGACUGGGCGGCGGGUCCCGCCCGACGUCUGGGGAACCCCGCUGAGCAGGCAGGUAGUAACUGUUAGCCAUGGUCUUUGGACUCGUGGAGAAGAGAAGAGGAGGAUCAAGAGAGCCUUGGGAGCGCAGGCCCGAAUGCAGGCGUGUGGGUGACCUUACCUCUGCAGCAGAAUUUCAAGACAUUUUUCUCCCAGCGGAGGCGGCCAAUUGGUUCCCCGAGAGUGGAAUACUGUAAUGUUAAGGAUACCUGUAAGAAGAGCCUUAGCAGGCCUUGCUAAGCCACCUAAAGGAUGUGUGCCCCGAACAGCUACCACAGCAGCAAGCAACUUGAUUGAAGUAUUUGUUGAUGGUCAGUCUGUCAUGGUGGAACCAGGAACGACUGUCCUCCAAGCCUGUGAGAAGGUUGGCAUGCAGAUCCCUCGAUUCUGUUACCAUGAAAGGUUAUCUGUUGCUGGAAACUGCAGGAUGUGCCUUGUUGAAAUUGAGAAAGCGCCUAAGGUUGUAGCUGCUUGUGCCAUGCCAGUAAUGAAGGGUUGGAAUAUCCUAACAAACUCAGAGAAGUCUAAGAAAGCCAGAGAAGGUGUGAUGGAAUUCUUAUUAGCAAAUCACCCACUGGACUGUCCUAUUUGUGACCAGGGAGGUGAAUGUGAUUUGCAGGACCAAUCCAUGAUGUUUGGAAGUGAUAGAAGCCGAUUUUUAGAGGGGAAGCGUGCUGUGGAGGAUAAGAACAUUGGGCCAUUGGUAAAGACCAUCAUGACUAGAUGUAUACAGUGUACUCGGUGUAUCAGGUUUGCUAGUGAGAUUGCAGGAGUAGAUGAUUUGGGAACAACAGGCAGAGGAAAUGAUAUGCAAGUUGGCACAUAUAUUGAAAAGAUGUUCAUGUCUGAGCUAUCUGGGAAUAUCAUUGAUAUCUGCCCUGUAGGUGCCCUGACUUCUAAACCCUAUGCCUUUACUGCCCGACCUUGGGAAACAAGAAAGACAGAAUCCAUUGAUGUAAUGGAUGCAGUUGGAAGUAAUAUUGUGGUAAGCACAAGAACUGGAGAGGUAAUGAGGAUUUUGCCAAGGAUGCAUGAGGACAUCAAUGAAGAGUGGAUCUCUGAUAAAACUAGAUUUGCCUACGAUGGGCUGAAACGCCAAAGACUUACCGAACCUAUGGUCAGAAAUGAAAAAGGGCUUUUAACCUAUACUUCUUGGGAGGAUGCGCUCUCUCUUGUAGCUGGAAUGUUGCAGAGUUUUCAAGGCAAGGAUGUAGCAGCAAUUGCAGGUGGCUUUGUGGAUGCAGAAGCCCUAAUAGCUCUCAAAGAUUUGCUUAAUAGAGUGGACUCUGACACCUUAUGCACUGAAGAGGUCUUCCCCACCACAGGAGCUGGUACAGAUUUACGUUCCAGUUAUCUUCUAAAUACUACAAUUGCUGGUGUGGAAGAGGCAGACGUUGUCCUUCUGGUUGGUACAAACCCACGUUUUGAGGCACCACUAUUUAAUGCUAGAAUUCGAAAGAGCUGGCUUCAUAAUGACUUAAAAGUGGCACUCAUAGGCAGUCCAGUGGAUUUGACUUACAGAUAUGACCAUCUGGGAGACUCUCCCCAAAUUCUUCAAGACAUUGUUUCUGGAAGCCACCCAUUCAACCAGGUUCUAAAGGAAGCUAAAAAACCAAUGGUGGUUGUAGGCAGUUCUGCACUCCAAAGAAAUGAUGGAGCUGCAAUUCUUGCAGCUGUUUGCAGCAUUGCACAGAAGAUUCGGAUGAAUAGUGGUGUCACUGGUAAUUGGAAAGUUAUGAAUAUCCUUCAUAGGAUUGCAAGCCAAGUAGCCGCUUUGGACCUUGGCUAUAAACCUGGAGUGGAAGCAAUUCGGAAGAAUCCUCCCAAAGUGCUGUUUCUCCUGGGAGCAGAUGGAGGUUGUAUUACCCGACAGGAUUUGCCAAAGGAUUGUUUCAUUAUUUAUCAAGGACAUCAUGGUGAUGUGGGAGCUCCUAUAGCUGAUGUUAUUCUCCCAGGAGCUGCUUACACAGAGAAGUCUGCGACUUAUGUCAAUACCGAGGGCAGAGCUCAACAGACUAAAGUAGCAGUCACUCCUCCCGGCUUGGCAAGAGAAGACUGGAAAAUUAUAAGAGCCCUCUCUGAGAUUGCUGGUAUAACUCUGCCAUAUGAUACUCUCAGUCAAGUGAGGAACAGAUUGGAAGAAGUCUCUCCUAAUCUUGUUCGAUAUGAUGAUGUCGAAGGAGCUAAUUACUUCCAGCAAGCAAAUGAACUCUCCAAGCUAGUGAAUCAGCAACUGCUUGCUGAACCACUUGUCCCACCUCAGCUAACAAUAAAAGACUUCUACAUGACAGAUUCUAUUAGCAGAGCCUCACAAACAAUGGCCAAGUGUGUCAAAGCUGUAACAGAGGGUGCCCAGGCAGUCGAGGAACCAUCCAUAUGCUGAACUAUUAGGAAUCCAGUUUUACUACAAAUACUUAAUGGACAAUUAUAUGGUGAAAUGACCCCUUAAGAGGGCUAUCUCUUUAAAAAAAAAAAAAAAUCUGAAUGAUGUACUAUUUAAGGUUACACCAUGCUUGCUUGAAAAUGAUAUUGCAAUUAUAAAA